UGGUCACGUGCGCAGAACUGGGCCCCGUCGCCUAGCAACCGUCGCUUAAAGGCCUGGGCGGCCCGGCGCUUUUCCCGAGAUACUUUUUCUAGACGCCAUCAUGAGCGACCAACUGAAAUUCAUUGUUGAGAAGCUCAACAAAGAGCCCUUCAAAAAGAAUUUCAACUUAAUCACUUUUGACUCUCUGGAAUCAACGCAGCUCUUACAGUUACUGAGUGAUGUUCUGGGUGAGAUUGAUCCCAAGCACAUCGUUGACAUUAGAGAAGAACUGCCAGAACACACAGCGAAACGGAUGUUGACCCUGCUCGGCAUUCUCAAAUACAAACCUCCAGGAGGUACCAGUGACUUGAGCACCUUCCGUCAAGGCUUAGUGACGGGAAGCAAGCCCGUCAUUCACCCUGUCCUGCACUGGCUCCUUCAGAGGACCAAUGAGCUCAAGAAAAGGGCCUACCUGGCCCGCUUUCUGAUCAAGAUUGAUGUGCCAACCGAGUUCCUUCAGGACGACACAGUGGCUGAUACCAACAGACAGUACGAAGAACUGAUGGAAGCUUUCAAAAGCUUACAUAAAGAAUGUGAACAGCUCAAGACCUCUGGCUUUUCAACGGCAGAAAUAAGAAGGGAUAUCACCGCAAUGGAAGAGGAGAAGGAUCAGCUGGUGAAGCGAGUAGAACGGCUGAGGAAGCGGGUGGAGUCGGUGCAGAACCAUCAGCGGAUGCUUGAAACGGCCCGGCAGCUUCGGGUGGAGAAAGAGCAGGAGGAAAACCUCACCCAGCAGAAGCAAGAGCAGAAAAACCAGCUUUUUCACGCAGAGCAGCGGCUACACCGAGUUCAGCUUCAGCUCAAGGAUAUGCGUCAUGCAGCCGUGGAUUCAAAGCCAGAAAGCUUAAUGAAGAGUCUAGAAGAAGAGACCAAGUUCAACACUUACUUGGUCUCCGAGAAAUUUCCCAGAGAGCUGGAAACGAAGAAACAGUCCUUGCUUCUCCUGCAGAAAGUGGUGGCCGAGCCAGCCAUGGGCCAGUCGGAUCUCAACGAGUUGGAAACCAAAAUAAAGGAGGUCAAUGCCCAGAUCAACCAAUUAAUCGAGAAGAGGAUGAUGAAGUACGAACCCAUCGAUAGCAAAUUUUCAAUGUACCGGCAACAGGCUUCCAUCAUCUCGCGGAAAAAAAACGCCAAGGCGGAGGAACUUCAGACCGCCAAGGAAGAGAUCACCAGCUUGGAAAGACAAAUGAUCCAGAAGUCGAGCCAGGCUCGGGAGCUGGACGGGACAGAAGUCCUGAAAGGCGAUGAGUUCAAGCGGUACGUUAACAAGCUCCGCAGCAAAAAUACCCUUUACAAGAAGAAGCGCCUGGAGAUCGCCGAGAUCACAGCCGAGUACGGCAUCCUGCAGCGGACGGAAGAGCUCCUGAAACAGCGGCACGAAGACAUCCAGCAGCAGUUGCAAGCCAUCGAAGACAAGAAAGGAAUCUCUGGCUACAGCUAUACCCAGGAGGAGCUGGAGAGGGUGUCGGCCGUCAAGAGCGAAAUGGACGACAUGAAGGGCCGAACUCUGGACAACAUGUCUGACAUGGUGAAAAAACUGAACACCUUGGUAGCCGAUAAAAAGUCAAGCUUGGCCCCAAUCAUCAAAGACCUCAGGCAGCUGCGACAGAAGUGCCAGGAAUUAACCCAAGAAUGCGAAGAGAAGAAAUCCCAGUACGACAGUUGUGCCGCUGGUUUGGAAAGCAAGCGUUCGUCCCUGGAGCAGGAGGUGAAGAGCCUUCGGGAGGAGUGUUUACAGGAAGAAAGCAACUAUCACCAGGUCAACUGCAUGAAAAUGAUUUCCGAAGCACAGCUGCAGCGUGUCAAAGAGGAGGUGAAAAUGUAUGUUUCUUCGGAUCAACAGGAAAGGAAGAAGGCAGUCAGGGAUCAGUAUUCCAGGAUGAUCACAGAACAAGAGAACCUCGGAAAGAAACUGCGUGAGAAGCAGAAAUCUGUCCGGGAAAACCACGGCCCCAACCUGAAGCAAGUCAAAAUGUGGCGAGACCUCCAGCUUCUGAUGGAGUGCAAGAGAGAAUGUUUUCUCAAGCAACAGAACCCGGCCACGGUGGGCCAAGUCAUCCAGGAAGACGGAGAAGACCGGCUGGUCUUGUGAAAGCAACCUGCCCGGCAUCUAGGUCAUCCCAGACAGCCAUUCGUCCUCCAGCAAACCCGUGGCGAAGGUUGCCCGGGGUUUACGAUGGUUUCGAUGCCAGUGAGAUUUGUCUCGCUUCGGGGAGUGUAGCUAAAAAGUUCUUGACCCAACUAGAACAGGGUUUUGGGUGGGUGGGCUUCAUUUGUUCCUCUUUAGAAGGAGGGGAAAUCUUUAUAUUUAUUCUGCUGGUGGAUGGACCGGCCUUCCCUCGCUUGAGAGUCAGAUGAGCGGUUAAAGCAUCGAGAAGGUGGCACAGGUGCAAUCCCAUUCCAAUUCAAGAGGCACCCCAGGGAGACAAAAACCAGUUUGGACGUCUGGGGUUGUAGAUGAUACGACACCAAGCCAGGUUCAAGUCACACACAGGUCCUCGCCAACCAGGGAGCAUCGUUUUCAACAUCAGCUUCCUUUUGGCCCCAAACAGUAAUUUCCCUUUCACAAUUCCGGUAAUCCAAGUGAAGGGGGGGGGUCUUUUGAAUUUUUGAAGGGGGGAAAAAAAAGUGCACAAAAUGACAAGGACGUUGUAGACCCAAUUUCCCGUAGCUCAUAAAUGGUGUAAACCAUGAUCAUCUCUGCGGGCCUUGAUUCUCCUUGGACUCACCUGGUUGCCGAAAGACCAAACCACAGGAGACACAAUUUCCUUCGUUCUCCUGGAUCCAAACCAAAAACUUCAACCCCUUUGGAACCUGAAAUUCCUUGGCCUUUUCUCAUUCCCUUGGUUUUUAAUGGCCCACUUCCAAAUGUUUAUUUUUGAGUUGAACUUUUUUUUUUCAAAGAUUCCCUUCUCGGGCUUUUUACAUGGCCGACUUCCUGGUUGGCGUUCUGCAUGCAAUCCCCUUGCCUCGCUCCAAACCGGCUGAUCCUGGUUGGUCCUUCGCCUCGAAGACAAUAAAGUUAUUUGUAGCGUGUCUCUUU